CCCGGCCUGUCGGGCUUGUGUCGUUCGCAGGCUCCGGUUCCCGGAGGCGGCCUAUGCUCCCCGCGCCCCGGGCGGAGGGAUGAGGAGUGGGGGUCCCGGGCGGCAGCAGCCAGGGCCCCACGCGGCGGAGCAGCCAUGGAAACGGCCGCGGCGGACGGCGGCCGCAGAGGGACACAAAGGCCCGCGGCCGAGCGGAGGCGGCGGCCGGAGCGGGAGCGGGGCCCGGCGCUGAGGGGCCCCAUGGAGCCGGCGGCGGGCGGCGGGGCCGGGGCGCCGCGCUACAGCCUGGUGGCGGAGAUCGGGCGCGGCUCCUACGGGGUGGUGUACGAGGCCGUGUCGGGCCGCAGCGGCGCCCGCCUGGCCGUCAAGCGGAUCCGCUGCGACGCGCCCGAGAACGUGGAGCUGGCGCUGGCCGAGUUCUGGGCCCUGACCAGCCUGCGGCGCCGCCACCCCAACGUGGUGCGCUUCGAGGAGUGCGUGCUGCAGCGCGACGGGCUGGGCCAGCGCAUGAGCCACGGCAACAAGCAGAGCCAGCUGUACCUGCGCCUGGUGGAGACCUCCCUGAAAG